AUGUCGGCGUCGGAGACUCUUUCGGAUUCGCAACUUCGUGCUCUCAGCAUUGUCGAGCGAACAUGCUCCGUGUUCUCGUUACUCGGCUCUGUCUUCAUCAUCACUACCUUCGUAUCAUCCAAGGCGUUCCAUAAACCAAUUAAUCGUCUAGUGUUCUACGCUUCCUUUGGUAAUAUGUUGACCAAUGUCGGGACUUUAAUGUCAAGGCACUAUAUCGGUUCGCCAGAAUCGGUAGGCUGUCAAUUUCAAGCCUUCCUGAUCCAGAUGUUCAUGCCUGCUGACGCCUUUUGGAGUCUCUCCAUGGCUAUUAAUGUGUAUCUGACAUUUUACUUCAAGUUUGAUGCUCAAAGGCUCCGUAAAAUGGAGAUUCCUUAUUUAAUCGGCUGUUAUGGUGUUCCAUUCGUCCCCGCCGUUGUCUAUAUCUUUAUUAAGAAUAAGGAAGGGCAGAGAAUGUAUGGUAAUGCUAUGCUAUGGUGCUGGGUUAGUUCUGAGUGGGAUAUCUGGCGUAUUAUUACAUUCUAUGGUCCUGUCUGGCUUGUUAUCGCUGUCACUUUCUUCAUCUAUAUCCGCGCUGGAAAUACGAUUUACCAAAAACGGAGAGAACUCGACGACUUUAGCUCGACGGAUCGGGACCUUACCUACGGAGGAGACAAUAUAGGCACAAUUAAGACCACCGAGGUGUCGGUAACAACCGAGGCCAUGACUCCGAAUGCGAUUCACCUGCAACCCAUGAGCCGCCAACCACCAGACCCUAGUGAUCCGAACUCGAACGGGAUCUAUUCGGUUCACAUUUCAGCUCAUGGCAACUCUGGAGACAUUGCCGGUGAAGGGGUUCCUAUUGAGCGGCAACAGACUCGAGUUAGCGUGGCGGUCCCUCAGCAACGUUCUGGUGGUAACCCGGCUCGACGACGGAACCGAGAGCUAAACAACGCAUCUUGGCAAUAUACCAAGUGUGCUCUCUUAUUUUUCACCGCCAUCCUUAUUACAUGGGUUCCAUCAAGCGCCAACCGUGUCUAUUCCGUCCUAAACACCAAGAGCACGUCUGUCCCGCUCGAGUUUAUGAGUGCUUUUGUACUCCCUCUGCAGGGCUUUUGGAAUGCGCUCAUCUAUAUGGUCACUUCGUGGAGUGCGUGCAAGAAUCUAUUCACUGACCUGCGACAGGGCCGACGUCCCCAUUUAACAGAACUUAUGGACGGCAUGGCGCCCGAUAUUGGCGGCAAUAACCAUCCUCGAAGACAUAACCUUCCCCAAUUCCGGGCAAAUACGACCUCGAAUAAGUUUGAGACAGAAAGUAUGACGGAAUUAGCUAAUGAGAGCCGGCCAACCUCAGAUGAUGGACGGCAAGACCAUCUUCACGUAUGA